AUGGUAUUGCAAGUAUGUGACGGCGAGAACGAUUGUUCCGACACAGAAUCAUCGGACGAACAAAACUGCACAUACCCCGGAACCAGUGGGCACUCUAAACUGAUCCCUCGGCCACCAGAGAAGGCCGACUUCCCUUCAAACGGGACUUGUCUGGACUGGAUGUUUAAAUGCGAGAAUAACAACUGUUUACCUUACUGGUGGCGUUGCGACGGCAUCAACGAUUGCGGAGACAACUCCGAUGAGUUAGGCUGCGGCUCCUUGAUUGAGCUCAGCACGCCUGCUCCUGAGCCCGAAGUUAAGGACAAGAAGUGUUCGAAGACUCAGUUCACUUGUUCCACUGGCAUAUGCAUCCCUCUAUCCUGGGUAUGCGACACAGCCGAAGACUGCCCUAACGGCGAGGACGAGCGCAACUGCCAGCGUCGCGGGCCCGGCUCGCGGCGCCGCUGCGGCCCGGACGAGACGCCCUGUGACGACGGCCGCGGCUGCGUGCGGUCCGACCGCAUCUGCGACCGCCGGCAGGACUGCGCCGACGGCAGUGAUGAACUACACUGCGAGGGCCGACCAGACAUCACCAAAUGUCCGCAAGGCUACACUAUAUGCGGCGACGGCAUGCUCUGCAUAUCAGAAGUGUCUGUCUGCAACGGCCGUCAAGACUGUUACGAUGGAAGCGACGAGAGCAACUGCACUAGCGAAGCCCCUGGACACGGUAUCCAGAUCCUCGGAAUUGGUGUUGACCAGCCAUCAAUAAACGCCAGCAGUUUCCUCAUCUCAUUCUGGAUGUCGCAACAGAAGAUGUUCAUCUACAGUUUCCUGCCCUCCAUAUCCAAGGUCUCAGAUGGAGUAUGGACUAACAUGACCUGGAUCCAUGAGAGCACCUUCAGAUUCACCGGUUUGGAGCCUUACACGCAAUACAACGUGACCUUCUACAUUCAGGAUACUAGAAACAAUAAAACUUAUCCGUCUUUGAAGUUCGUCAAUACCACUACUGGUGAAGGACAACCCUCACCGCCCUUGAAAGUAAGCGUAGCUCAGUUAACCGGCAGCCGCAUACUCGUCGAAUGGGACCCACCAGCGUCCCCCAAAGGACAGAUUCAAUACUACACAGUGUCAUACAGUCCACCUGUGCCACCUAUGGAUAAAAAGACCAAGGGCGAUGAGACAAACAUCACCAUCAACGGUUACUUCAGGCCGAAUAUGAACUAUUCUUUCUGGAUAACAGCAACCAACGGCGCCUACACAUCUGAACCCUCACCCGUCAUGACGAUCACAUUUGACGACGUAGGUGAUGUCGACGAUCUCAACCAUAUCGGCGUCACACGUAUUAACGAAAGUACUGCCUUACUUACUUGGGACAAGAUAAAGGGCAUUGAAGGCUUUAAACUGGUUGUUAGACCGCCAGCUCCAAGCUAUGUGCCUUGGGACCCUAUCACUACCAAUGCGACUAAUAUCACAUUAACGAACCUCCCAACCGGUGUCCACAUAGACGUGGACAUAAUGGCGUACAAAGGCGCCAUCACCGGCCACCCUCUCACCAUCUUCCUCAAACCUGAAGGCACCAUAGAUGACGUCAUAAAUAGUACCGCAUACCUGAUUAAAGAAAAACGGACUUCAGUGAAGCUAGAAUGGUCGCCGCCGACGAGUGAUAGAUAUAAGGGCAAGGAUUUGCAGUAUGCGGUGUAUUACAACGAUGUCAUGCAUACUAGGAUACCAGGGAAAGAGACCAAGAUCACGACAAAGCAGACGAGCAUGCAAAUCGACGACCUCCACGCGUGCGAGAGUUACAUUUUCGCCGUGACGCUCGCCAACGGACCCAUCGCCAAGAUACACGAGAUCAUGACCCGCGAGAACGCCAAGGCUCCAAUAAAGAAUUUACAUGUCAUAUUUAACGGCAACAAGACCAAGAUGGAAAUCCUAUGGAACGCCAACUGUGACGUCAUACACGAGGCAGUGGCAUACAGGCUGGAAAUAACAGAGCUGACCCGCAACAAAGUGAGCCGGUACGAACUCAAGCCGACGACGAAAGUGGCGUUGUCGCACUCGAUCGAAAACGUGGCGAUAGGCGGGCGUUACAACAUCUGCAUAUCUGCCAAUGUGCCCUCAGCGGCCGUGACGUGUAAACACGUCCUCGGACAGCAAUUGCCAACGCCGUCGGCCGUCGUGGCGUGGCUCGCGCCCAACGGACACCUCAUGGUCAACUGGGACAACCGGCCCUCUGACGUUGACCACAAAUACAACUACGAAAUAAUAAUCUCCGAAACCGAAAUCCCCGAAGAUUUGCUACAUCCAACCGCCUCAAUGCGUACAGAGAUCGCUUCUCACUCGCCUCGCCUCAUCACAGUGCCAGUUAUCGAAGGAUCGCUAUACUGCGCCGUACGAGUUGUGUCUGAAGACGGGUAUUACAGCGACAUCAGCGAAGUUCACACUCUUGAGAUGCUAGAUCGCCUCGCCUCAUCACAGUGCCAGUUAUCGAAGGCUCGCUAUACUGCGCCGUACGAGUUGUGUCUGAAGAGGCCUUACUCCUAA